AUGGACUCCAAAAAAAUGUGUGAAUUUCUUAUUAAUGCUGAUAAAUAUUUUGAUGGUAAUAAGGUCGAUAUAAAUAAAAUUAACAAAAACAAAAGCAUCAAAACAUAUUGCCAUAAUGAUGAUUGUAAAACAAAAGAAAAUGGUAUUAAUGCUUUGGCCGCAUAUAUAAUUAUGCUAUUCAAAGGAUUAAUAAAAAAGGAUGAGUAUAAUGACUAUGAUGAAUAUUUAUUGAUGUGGCUAAGUGAUAAAUUACUUAAGAUACGCAACGAAAGCAAAGAGAAAAAGGUUAAACCCCCCUAUAUGGAUACUAUUACUUUAAAUCAGGCUUAUGAGAAACAUUUAAAGGAUCAUAAAGUAAAAUUGAGGUAUUGGGAUCUUUUGGAUAUGAUAAAGGGUUUGAAAGAAGCUAAUCUUAGGUAUAUGGCCGAAUUUUAUUUAUUACUUAAUAGAAUAUGUAAAACAAUUGCAUAUUAUGAAACAAAAGGUGCCGAAAGUAAGAAACUUUCUAAACAUUCUGACAAUUGCCUUGAUCAAUAUAGAAACCUUUAUAUAAACAUUUCUGAAUGCAAAUCAUAUCUUAAUUUAUUGAAUAAAUUAAAAGGUAUAUAUGAUGAUUUUAGAGUUUCUGCUAUUCAGGAAAAUGGUUCAAACAAUAAUUUAGAAACUGAUCUUAAAAAACUUACAAAACCAAAUGGAGAAGAGAUGGCGGUGGUGAGAGGUUUUAUAUCAUAUAAAAUCACUAAAAAAAUAUGUAAUUCCCUCAAUAAAAAAACUACAACAUCAAACAAAGCGGACUCACCAGGAUUAUCACAUUCUUCGAAAGAAGUACCACCGCUACAACCUUUAAACCAACUAAAAGAUAGUCACGACAAAACAUCACCUGAAGAACCAUCUGCAAAACUAGAAUCACCCUCACCUUCACUACAAGACUCUUAUAAAUCAGAAAAAAUUUAUCAAAGUGAAUCAAAUGAUUCAGACAUAGGUCUAGGAAACUCUAAAAGUGAGACGUGUUCCGACGUUGAAAAAGGAAAAAUAAAUGGUGGAGGCAAAGAACCCGAAACUCCAAGUGGCGAGAAAUGCAGUCAAGUAAGUAUAGGUGAUGGAGGAAAUGGUGGGGGAGAAAAUAUAGAUAGUGAUCAAUCAAAUACAGGUGGGGUACAAGGUGAUAAUGGAGGAUCAGUUAGUGAACAAGGUGGAUCAGAUAAUGCUCCAGUAGAAGAAGUAACUCAAAGUACGCUAGGGGACCCUUUUAAUACUGUACCAUUACUUUUUAGUAUCUCAUCAAAAGGCAUAGACCAAUUAAAUAAUGGUUUAAAAUUUUAUAAGGAAAAAAAAGAGCAACUUACAAACGCCAAGGAUACUAUUAAGAAUUUGUAUAAUACAUCUGUGUCUAAUGUAAACAAUUUUUUCGAAAAAUUUAGUGAUUUUUUUAAUGACAUUAUUGAUAAUAUAAGUACCGAUUCUAAUCAAGUAGAUUCCCCUGCUGAAUCAGGCGGAGGAGGGGAUGACCCAUCACAACCCCAAAAAGACUCAGAACACACUCAAAAAACUCCACAAAAUUCACCAAGUUCUACAGAACAAAAUGAAACAGAUCAAUCGUCUGAGGAGUCAUCUGGAAACCAAGAUUCUGAUCAAAACGAUCAAGGAUCUGAAAAACCGGUGGAAGUCCCAGUAAUUAUACCAACAGACCCUGAAUCUGGAAUAAAAGGAAAUGGAACAAUAGGAAUAGGUGAUAUAUAUAUAUUCAAAGAAUUCAAAAAAAUUGGAAUUCCAAUUAUAGUUAUUAUAAUAUCCAUUACUUUAGCUAUUAUGUACAAGUUUUUGGUAUUUGAACGGAGAAAGAAAUUAAAAAGAAAAAAAAUGAAAAAAUCUACAAAUUUGUUUGGUGUAAAUAAAACGACAUGA